GCUUCUUCGAAUGCAAUGACUCAGCAGCUACAGGAUGAAUUUGACAGUAGCGUGGAGAAUGCAGAAGCUUGGAUGAAGGCCAUCCAAGAGAGACUGAGGAUCAAUGACAACACCAAGGGACCCCGAUCUGCCCUAGAAGCCAGACUGAGAGAGACUGAGAAAAUACGUGCGCUGGAACCAGAAGGCAGCUUGAAAAUGGACUUGAUUCUUGUGAAGGCAGAUGCUGCUCUUCGCAGCAUCAGUGAGGAUAAGAAGCAUGAGGUACUAUCUAAACUGAAAGACAUUAAAGCCUUGUGGGAAGAGACAGCCAUAUACAUUACUCACUGUCAUAGCCGUAUUGAGUGGGUCUGGCUGCACUGGAGCGAGUACCUGAAAGCCCAAGAUGAGUUUUACGCAUGGAUUCACAACAUGAGGGUGACCUUGGAGCCCGACAUUGAGUUGCAGCUUGGCCUAAAGGAGAAGCAUUGGCAGCUGAGCCAUGCUCAGGUUCUGCUGAAUGAUGUCUUAAAUCAGUCAGUCCUGCUGGAAAGGCUGCUAGAGGAAGCUGCUUCCUUGUUCAGCAGGAUAGGUGACCCCAGCGUUGAUGAAGAUGUUCAGAAGAAAAUGAGGGUGGAAUAUGAAGGAAUCAGGGAAGAAGCUCAGAGCAGAGUGAAACUGCUUGAAAAGAUCACCAAGGAACAUGAGCAGUACAGCACCAAUGUCAACCAGUUUCAAUCGUGGCUGAAUGGUGUGACAGAAAGAUUAAACUGCUGCAUUGGAGAAGCAACCAAGUCUUCAGCAGAGGACAAGUUAAAGGCACUGAAGGAAAUUGCCAAAAACAUUAGGAGCGGUGGAAAGAAAUGGAAGCACCUUGAAAAUCAAUGUGCAGGAGUGAUUCAGAAUACCUCCCCACUCGGAGCAGAGAGAAUGAAGGAUGAACUCGAAGAGCUAAGAAAAGCCUUGGAGAAGUUGAAACUGCUGAGUAGUGAGGAGGAGGAGAGAUUGCUCAAGAUCCAACAGUCAGAAAGUGCCUACGAGUCCCAAGCCAGACAAUUAGAAGCAGAUGUCCAGGAGCUGAAAAAAGAUCUACAGAGACUAGAAAGUGACCUGGACCCUGGGGAAAGGGAAAAGACUGAAGACGAGUUUGUAACUCUGUGGAGAAAAUGCAACGCAACGAGAGCAGCUCUGGCUGCAGAAGAGUCCAAGGUUGAGAGGCUGAAGGCUCAGCUUAAGGAAUUGCUACGGUUUUCCCAAGAUGUGCAGCCACAUGCUGAGAGUGUUGUCUCUGCAAUACAGCAGUAUCAAAGUGUUAGAGGCAAGACAUCUAAAAUGAGCACUGAUACAGAAACACAACUGAGAAGACUCUUCCAAAAUCCCCUGCAAGAUUUUGAACAGUGGAAGCCAUCGGUCCAAAUGCUCCUAGAGACUCCGGAGCCAGCGCUGGCUCACAUUGAGGCUGCUCUAGCUGAAAGCUCCCAGUUCAAAGAGAAGUUGAUGACAUUACAGCUGAAGAAAGAUUUGCUAAACAAUAUCCUUGGUGAGGAAAAAGCAAAGUCUUUCCUGCAAGAAGUAGCUGAAGCUUCAAAGGAGAGAGAAAUUCUACACAAAAGUCUGCUGCAAAGCAAGAGCAAACUCCAGAAUUUGAUAUCGCAACAUAAGGAUUUUGAUGCUGGUUUCGCACCUUUGCAGAAGAAAUUAUCUGUCAUCAAAGCCAAAUUAGAUCUAGAGAAGCAACCACGGCCUGACCUCUUGGGUAAAAAGACACAACUCCAGAGACUGCAGAUGAUCCAAGAUGACUUGGCAGAGCUUGCAGUUCAAAUGGAGGAGGUAGAGAAGCUUGUUCAGUCAAAUACCACACACAGACAUGAAAUGAACCAACUUUCAGCUGACUCUCAGGCCCUGAAGAGAUCAUUGGAGGUGAUGAUACAGCAGAGUGAAGAGCACGUUCAGAAGCAUUGGGCAUAUAAUGACAAACUCUCUGACCUUCAGCAGUGGAUCACAGUAACCACAGAGAAGAUUGACUCCUACCAGGGUGCUGAUGGAGAGCAGAACACCGAGGGCAGGGUGGCAGACCUUGAGAGAUGGCUAGCUGAGUUUCCAGAUAAGGAGAUCCAGCUGCACCUUGUGGAAGCUCAUGGCCAGCUGGUCAUGGAGAAUUCUUCCCCAGAGGAGACUGCCCAUGUCCAGGCAGAGCUGGAUCAGCUGAAGGAGUCAUGGAGAUCACUGAAGGAGAUGGCAACUGGUCUUCUCAAAAAAUGGCAGUUAAAUAGACCAGCGGCUGAUAAGAAGAACAAAAUAGCAUUUGUGGACAGCAGAUGGAUGUCUGGACCUGCCUUCCAUCUUUUAGAUGUAGAUCCCAACCAUAAGAAGGAGAGGAUAGGAGAAGGGCAAAAUACAAGCAGCCACUUGAAGCUCCUACGUGACUUUGAAGACUGGUUACAAGGAGAAAACACCAAACUGACCAAAAUUCUUGCUGUGACUUCAUCUUCCACAGAGGAAAUCAGGGCACACCAGAGCAAACUGGAGGAGCUGCAGUCUUGUGUGCCUGAUGGUCAGCGUCUCUUUGAGGACCUUCUUCAUCUUCAUCCUGUCAUUGGAAACUCUGAAGAUCUGGAGGACCUGCGUUACCGAUGGAUGCUCUACAAAUCUAAGCUGAAAGAGUCCAUGAGUUCACUGACUCCUGGAUCUUUGGAAGAAACAGACAGAUUCAGAAAGAAGCGCUCUGGAGGCAUUUGCUCAUUCCUGCAUCGAGUGUGCUGGGCAGCACUACCGUUGCAACUGCUCCUCUUGCUCCUGCUGCUCCUGGCCUUCCUCCUGCCCCUGGCAGAGGAAACCCACAGCUGCACGCUGGCCAACAACUUUGCUCGGUCCUUCAACCUGAUGCUGAGAUAUGAGGGCCCACCUCCAACCUAACUUCUUGGCAUGGCACGAGGUGACUCUCAGAA